AUGGGGGCCUGGGAUGAGGAACCAAAGUUGCAGGUUCAGUCUUCAAGGAGAUUCUCUGGAAGUGCAAAUCCAAAACAUAAUGAUUUGAAAAUAGUAGGAUCAACCACAUUUCCAGUCAAAAUUUAUGUCAAGUUGAAUCACAACAGUCCACGUAUUCUAUGUGUAACAAAUCGGCUACGAAAUUCAGAGCUGAUAGAUCCAGUAUUCCAAUGGCAUGGACCAGGAGGUGACCUUGUUGCAGAAAAUAGCAGUGUGAAAAUAACACCAACAGGAACCCUAAUAUUCAGACACUUCAAAUACGACAUGAGUGGAAUUUACACUUGUUCCCUCGUUUUUAAACCAACUGCAGAGCAGGCUGAAAAAAACUAUUUGCUCAAAUAUGUUAUUUAUGCUUAUUCUGAUCCUAACUUUUACUAUGAGUUUACAGCCCGGUAUCAUGCAGCCCCCUGCAACAGUAUCUACAAUAUUUCUUUUGAGAAGAAGUUGCUUCAAAUACUAAGCAAACUUGUCAUUGAACUUUCUUGUGAGGUUACUUUACUCAAGUCAGAGUGCCAUCAUGUAAAAAUGCAGAAAGCAGGUCUACAAAAUGAAAUCUUCUUUACUUUUACAGUUUCUUCUUUAGAUACAGAAAAAAACAACAAUCCAUGUCAGCAAAAGAGUUGUGAUACUGCUAAGAGAUUAAAGAAGGCAAAAAACCUUAUAGAGAGAUUUUUUAACCAACAAGUGGAAGUGCUGGGGAAACGUUCUGAACCCUUACCUGAAAUAUACUAUAUUGAAGGUACUCUGCAAAUGGUAUGGGUUAAUCGCUGCUAUCCAGGAUAUGGAAUAAAUACUCUGAUACAUCCAGAUUGUCCUGAUUGUUGUGUUGUCUGCAGCCCAGGAUCAUAUAAUCCCCACGAUGGAGUUCACUGUCUUCAGUGCAACCAUACUUUGAUAUAUGGAGCGGCAAAAUGUUAGCAGAAUGUCAGUAGGAAUACAUUGCUCUUCAGUAGCUCUGAUGUAUUUCAUUUUUAAUAUAGUAAUAUCAAUAAAAUGAUUUUAACAACUUGUACAGUGAAUUUUGGUUCCAUCAAUUUGUUUUAAA